UUGACAGCAAGCAUAAUGUUGACUAAAGUUUUUUUCCUUUUUGUUGUGUUUGCAGCUGCAAAUGCUCAGACUGAUAUCAGCAGGUGCAUAGUAAAUUCAGGGGAACUUCCCGAUUUCGUUGAGGUGGUGGGCUGCACAUCAACUCCUUGCUUGUUACCUCAGCUUGAAUAUGCUGAGAUUAACAUGAGAUUCCGAGCACCCUACACAAUGGUCUCGAUGCGAACCCUAGCAACUUAUUACUUGCAUGUUGGACCCACACUUGUGCCUGUCCCUUACGACUUGGCCGAGAACUCUUUCACCUGCAAUUUCCUCACUGGCGCUAAUUGCCCAGUACUUCAGGGAGAAGUUUUGUCCUAUCGGCUACGGAUAUUUAUGGAAUCGUUCCUGCCAGUGGGCACUCAAGCAACUUUAGAGAUCAGGAUAGUGAACGUCUUGAAUAGCAACUCGUUCGUAUGCAUCAGAUUUCCGUUCCGCGUAGAACCACCCUUGCCGGCGACAUUUGAUGGUCCUGAGAAUAUAAUUAAUUAAGAGCGUAAGCACCCAGUUAUUCGACGCGAAAGUUUUCGCGCGGCCGCCGCGCGGCGACCGCCCAGUUACCACGCUUUCAUGUACAUUAAUGGCGAAUCCGAAUUCUAUUCGCUAGGCUUAAUAUUUAAAUUCCUCUGAAUAAUACCACCACGCGGUCAUAAGGCUAAACAGUCGUUGAAAACCAAAUACAAAUAUUCAACAACAAGCACAUAGAAAAAUUGAUGA